AUGAAAAAAUCGAGGUAUAAAGAAGGUAUAAAGGUUAUUAUAAAUCAACCUCAGGUNUGUUGCGGUACGAGUGGCUCUUAUUCGGAUUGUAGCAGGAGGUAUGGAUACGGCGGUAUGAAAUACGACGAAGUGCCUCCCUAUUGCAAGUAUUUUGAUGAAAGAGAUUACGACACUAUCCGACCAGCGGGGCUGCAAUCGAAAGAUGCGAAAAGUGAAUUUGCUAACCUUUAUGGUCCUGACAGCAAAUCUUCCCAAUCGAGUAAAUUCAGUUCGGAUUUUCGUAAGUAUGACAGAAAGAAAAACGGAAUGCCCAUCUCUAUUUCAUGUUACUUUGAUGUAUCCAAUCAGCAAAACGUGAGAAGCAAGAGUAACAGACUUAACUGCUGUUGCAACUGUCAAGGAGAUAAGAUCAGAAGAGAAAAUGUGUCUUGCUGCAGCUCUUCUUCUCGUAGAUCGAGCAAACGCGAAAAACUUUUCCAAAUUCGCAUUGUUCCUGUGCAACAGGAGAGAAGCUACAGAGAUACCAAGAAGCUCUGUUACUGCUCAUCUGAGAGAAGAGAUGUGGGUGGCAGAAAAAGCCAGUCCAUGUAUCGAAGUGGUGGUGAAUUUUGUUCAACAGACAGUUUGCAGAAUUUUCUUAGAUUUAUUUGUGGUACAAAGUAAGCUUCAGCUCCCAGUCUUGAAUAUCUUACCAAGUCUUAUGAACAAUUUUCAGAAAGUCAGUCGGAAAUAAAUAAAAAAAUAAAUAA